GCGAUGAUCGUGAAAAUCCACUAACGCAGCAGAACCAAAAAUAUCAUUUCACGGCAAAUGUGUUCAUACGACAAUGUUUGAAUAUUUAAUGUAGGGAUCCUUAUAGCGCAUGUCAAGGUUUUGGCAUUAUUUUUAUUAUUAUUCUCGUCGGCGCACCUGCGCUCGCUAGGGCAGCCAGGCAAAUAAGAUAAUUGUCAUCCAUCAUAGAACACUGCCGUGAAACGACCACGAAACACACUGAGGAUUCUCUGACUUCUAGUCCUAAUGCGAACGGAGAGUACAAGGCAUCUUUCUUAAAUGGUGUGAUCAAGUGACAUCAUGAGCAAGUUCUUCUCGGUGACGGCGGUUCUGCUGACUGCGCUGUGCGUCUCGAAUGCGCUCUACAUCUCAUGGAACACGAAAAACACGCUCGUCAACCUGACAGAGUCCGACAUUUUUAUCCACCUUAAUAAUCUAUACGUACCAGAAUUCAAACGUAUGAAUCCCAAGUUUAAAAACCUGACUAAGAUGUCGAUGGACGAGCGAUGUGCUCACGGGAUGCCACUGUCGAUUGCCGCGCUCCCCAAUCAGCCGUACUCAGGUAUCAUGGGCCCAAUGCGUAUCGCCAGGAAGUUCGGAUUUAGAUCAUUCGGAAUCAUACCAGGGGUGAUAAACCGCAUAGUAAAAUACUGUUGUCCAAGAAGUGAGAUCAUUUACGGCAAAGUGCUUAAGUCAGUGAGACAAGCCGAGGAUCACUUGUCUAAAAACCUCUACGACUUCACAUUCCCUAUCUACGUACAAAGAAAGAACAUCAAGACGUACAAGAACCAGCCGUUUGUGCACGUGCUGCAGGCGCCUCGGGUCAUGCUAGUGGUGUAUGACGACCCUGUGAAGAUCACCAAGACCAGCGCACUCGCAAACACAAUCUUUUCCGCCUGGCCUUUCCUCUUCUUCAUCCUCGGAGUCGCUAUCAUAGCAGGAAUUGUUGUCUGGUUACUGGAGUAUGUGGGGCGUUCAAAAGAGUUUUCGAAGCUGUUUAUCCAAGGAGCCUGGGACGGGUUCUGGUGGGCUGUUGUUACUAUGACAACUGUAGGGUACGGUGAUAAAGCGCCAAAGACCCUUCCUGGUCGCAUGUUUUGCUUCCUCUGGAUCAUCGUUGGCAUCAACAUCAUCGCCAUCUUCACCGCUCUCGUGACAGCAUCUGUUUCCGCCAGUACCAGGCCCUACUUUAACAUCCUUGGCGCAAAGAUCGGUGCUGUGAAUGGCAGUGAAGAGUAUCGUUUUGGAGUCUCUAUGAACCUUGACAUGAUAGCAUUUCCAAGUCCUGUCAAGAUUACGAGUGCAUUGGAGGUUGACAAAGAAAUCGAUGGAAUGUUAAUCGAUAACUACUCGCUGACGAGAUUCUCGCAACUCUCGAAGAAGAUUCGACUUGAAAUGACUUUUAAUCAUGCCAUCAACUACGGGAUGGUUAUCCCCUCAGGAUCCCCGCGCACCGAACAGUGCGUCCGCUCAUUCAUGAAGAACUAUCACCAUGAGAUCUUUGAUGAUCUCAUCGCUAAACAGUUGAAGCCACUGCCACCGCAAGAGGGCGAGUCGAGCUAUGGAAUGAAGGCGGCAGGCCAGCUCUUCUACCAGGAGAAACUAUUCAACAAAGUCAUCAUGGUCGGGGGAGGUGUGGUGGGAGCGCUUGUGCUUAUAGGAUUGGUAUGGGAUUACGGCUAUAGGCGGCAUAAGCAAGAAAUCCACGUCAAACUUGUGCAGUUCCACCGGUAUUUGUGCCAAUCUCAGAGCUCUCCCGAAGUGGAGGAAGAACUACCAGAAGAAAAGAAGUCAGUAGAGAAAAAAAGAAAUGAACUCUCCGCCGAAUACAAGUUGUUUCACGCCAAAUGGGUGGACCAACUGGCUGUUUUUACGGGACUCGCUAUAACGUCUACCGGAAGACGACUUUCCCAUACGAGUAGAAAGAUGAAAGAGCUGCUCCAGCCAAAGUUAUACCCUAGAGUAACUACCCCUUUUAUAAUAAAGUGGUCUUCGUAGAGGCUUUCAUAAACAAUAGACAAGCCAGUUCACACACGUACAUUAGAGCGUGUGAGUGAAAAAUAAGCUAAACGUUCAUUUAACGGGUUGAUGGAAACCACUCUAUAACUAUCUCCAAGAUGUGUAUAUUACUGGCCUUAUUUGAAGCCAGAUGAUUCUAUUUCUCGACUAGCGGUAGCCUCUUUUCCGUGUUCAUAUGAGCUGGCUCAAUUAACAUGAACUCGAGGUUUCCGCUAGAAGACAUUUCCAUAGAACAUAGGCCUAAUUAUAAUACACAUUUCUCUUUUGCGGUUUCCAAAUGGAUCCUGUUAAGUAAUAUAUGUAAAUAGCCCCUUGUCAGCCCUGAUGAACAGGGACCGGGUCCUAGGGGGCACCAAUGACAAUCUAAUGUAAACACGGCUGCUAAAUUCAUCCCCUAAAGCUUAGGGAUAACAAAGCAGCCUCGCUAUCAAUACCCUGUCUAGAACGCUGCCAGUUCUAUAGGAUUAUUUCUUAAUGUUGAAAACACAGUAAUACCAAAGGUAUUACAAAGUGCUUGUGUGCAUUCCAGAACAAGAUAAUGUAAUUAACGUUUAUUGGCAAGAUAUGUAUAAAAAGUACAUUUGCUAUUAA